AAGAGACAAAUGAAUGAGAAAUCAAGCCUUAAGAUAUAUAGAAAAUGGAGACAAGAGAUGAGAGGGCGAGAGGAGAUAUAUACUGAAAGACAGGAACAGACACCAGCAAGAGGAAACCAGUGCGACAUGUGUGGAGCUGAAAAAGAAGAUCUGAGGCACUUCCUGCUCUGGCACCGUGCCCGGCCCAUGCAGAGGAAAGGAAGAAAUGUGAAAGGCUGCAUGCAACAACCAUAUACGUAGAAGAGGACGACACCAUUGGAGAAUUUUUAUUUGAAAAUGACCACACCGAAGAAACAAAAGCAACAGUACAUAAGUUUUGGACAAUAAAAGAAAAAAAGAACGAAAGAAAAAGAGGAAAAUAAGACACAUCCAGGAGUGCCGUUACAAAGGCAAAAUUCCCGACCGACGACGACGACUACUCCUCUCCUGCCAUAAGUUCCAUUCUCCCUCCAAGGGUUUGACGUUGCAGCUGUGAGAAGAGUCGGGCGGUGCUGCUGAUUCUGUCAAAUUUUGUCAAGUGGUGUAUUCAUAAACAUCCAUCCAUCACUGUGCCUGGUACAAAGGGAAUGGACGGCAGCGGCUUCGAGCAAUAAAAAUGUUCAACCCUUGGCAGCAGUGGGAGGAGUUUGCUGCUGGUCAGAGAGCCUUAGCAGCCCUAGGGCGGAAAACACUGCGACGGGAGCGCCGAGUUGUGCCAGACCGGAUGAACCCAUUCACAGCAAUGAGUGACAGGGAAUUUACUGAGCAAUUCCGCUUGAAGAAAGAAUCUGUCAAUGACAUCAUUCUCAAGAUUGGAGAUUGCCUUCCACAGUCUACUGAUAGAAGAGGUUGUCGUGUGCCACCGCACCUACAGGUCCUGCUGGCUCUGGCAGCUAUGGCCAGUGGAAGUCAUCAAGAAGUGAUUGGGGACUAUUUUGAUGUAUCUCAAACAACAGUAAGUCAGUGCCUGGCCAGAGUUGCCAGUGCCAUAGCUGGUCUUAUUCACCAGUACAUAACGUUUCCUACUGGAAAUAUGUUGCACAAAGUUAUCGAGGACUUUCGUGCAAUUGCUGGGAUGCCUGGUGUUGUAGGUUGCAUUGACUGCACCCACUUUCAAAUUAUAAAACCACCUCGUAAUGACUCAGAGAUAUUCAAGUGUAAGAAAGGGUACUUCUCAUUAAACAUUCAGGCCAUUUGUGGACCUGACUUGUUGUUUUACAAUAUUGUUUCAAGGUGGCCUGGUAGUGUCGAUGAUGCAAGUAUUUUUGAAAAUAGUAGAAUUCAUGAUGAUUUACAAGAUGGUAUCCUGCCAGGCCAUCUCUUGGGUGACAGUGGAUAUUCCAAUAGACAAUAUCUUUUGACCCCAUUGUUGUCCCCUAAUGGCCCUCAUGAGGAAAGGUACAAUGCUAGUCAUAUCCAAACAAGAAACACAAUUGACAGGGCAUUUGGAGUCUUGAAGCGUCGCUUCGCGUACCUGGGGAAAAGCAUAAGAACAAACUUGGAAACAACAAAGGCUAUUAUUGUUGCUUCAGCAAUCUUACACAAUAUUGCUGUUAAGACAAGGCUUAAUAUGGAAGAUGAUAUAAAUGCUGUAAACGAAAACUUACAAAAUAAUGAUCUAAAUGUCAUAGAAAACUUUGUUGAAGCAAGGUAUGACAGUGAUGAAGUACUGCAGGGUCGCCUUAAGCGGGAACAGAUCAUCAGGGAGCACUUUUGAGAGUCCUCAGUCUUGCUGCUAUUGUAGACUGGUCAUCCGUGCCAGAACUAAGGUCAAAUAUGAGCCUAUGCAAGUUUGUAAAUUAAAAGUAUUCACAGCUGCUAUUCAGUGGGGCCUCAUAAAAUGAACCUUUCCUUUAUGGUCUAAAAUAAAAAACAAUUACAAUGUGUUCUUUUUAUUUUUUCUUACACAUAUUCCUCAUGAGUAAAAUUGGUAGAUAUUUCUGCCACAUGCAAUCUUCCUUGUUCUCUCCUGCUAUCUUCAGCCUUUUGCAGUUGUUGUUUUAGUAAAACUGUUUUUAGGCGUUAUGCCUCCUGCUGCAGUUUCAGCAACUUCACCUGCUCAGCUGUUCUUUCCCUCUUGCAUUCCUACUGUGCCUUAAACAGCUUCACAGCCUUGAUUGUUCUCUCCCUCUCUCCUUCCUGUUGCAGCUUCAUUAUCUUCAGCUGCUCUGUCAGCAAAUCAUUUUGAGCCUCUGUUACCAGCAGUGUUGCUGUCUGAGUUUCACAAAAGUUAUGCCUUGUGAAUGAACUCUGCCAAGAUGUCAAGGAUGUAGAAAUAAACUUUGU